AUGGCCUGGUCUGCCCUCUACCUCGUGAACUUUCUCUGGGCUAUGGCUGGGUCCAGCACCCAGAGCCGAAGCUCAUGCUCUGUUCCCUCGGCACAGCAGCCCUUGGUUAAUGGUCUACAAGUGCUUAUGGAGAAUUCUGUAACCAGCUCAGCCUUCCCAAACCCCAGUGUCCUGAUUGCUAUGAACCUGGCUGGAGCCUACAACUUGGAGGUGCAGAAGCUCCUGACUUACCAGCUCAUGGCCAGUGAUGCAGCUGACCUGACCAUUGGUCAGCUUGCCCUCACCAUCAUGGCCCUCACCUCUUCCUGCCGAGACCCUGGAAAUAGAGUAUCAAUUCUACAGGGACAAAUGGAAAACUGGGUACCUUCAAGCACCAGUACCCAAGCUUCAACCUUCUAUGGACCCAGUCUGGCGAUCUUGGCACUGUGUCAGAAGAACCCUGAGACAACCUUACCAAUAGCAGCCCGCUUUGCCAAGACCCUGCUGGCCAAUUCCUCUCCCUUCAACAUGGACACGGGAGCAAUGGCAACACUAGCUCUGACCUGUAUGUACAAUAAGAUCCCUGUAGGUUCAGAGGAAGGUUACAGAGUCCUGUUUGGUCAGGUACUGAAGGAUAUUGUGGAGAAUAUCAGCAUAAGAAUCCAAGACAAUGGCAUCAUCGGAAGCAUCUACAGCACUGGCCUUGCCAUGCAGGCUCUCUCUGUAACACCUGAGAAACCUAACAAGGAAUGGAACUGCAAGGAGACCAUGGAUACAAUACUUAACGAGAUUGAGCAGGGAAAAUUCCACAACCCCAUGUCCAUUGCCCAAAUCCUCCCUUCCCUUAAAGGCAAGACAUACCUAGAUGUGCCCCAGGUGUCUUGCAGCCCUGAUAAUGAGGUGCAGCCAACUCUACCCAACCAGCCUACCACUGUUCCCACCUCAGCAUCCAACAUCACUGUCAUAUACACGAUAAAUAACCAGCUGAGGGGGGUGGACCUGCUCUUCAACGUGACCAUCAAUGUUAGUGUAAAAAGCGGAUCAGUGCUCCUUGUCAUCCUAGAGGAAGCACAGCGCAAAAAUCCCAUGUUCAAAUUUGAAACCACAAUGACAUCUUGGGGCCCUCUCGUUUCUUCUAUCAACAAUAUCGCUGAAAAUGUUAAUCACAAGACAUACUGGCAGUUCCUCAGUGGCAACACACCUUUGAAUGAAGGAGUUGCUGACUACAUACCCUUCAACCAUGAGCACAUCACAGCCAAUUUCACACAGUACUAA